AUGCCGGCUCCCAUCGAUCCGGAAUCCAUUUACACCAAACAAUCAUGCAUCGGCGGUGGAAGUUUCGGUCAAGUUUUCAAAGGUGUCGAUAGGCGCACCGGAGAAGCAGUGGCUAUCAAGAUUAUUGACGUCGAGAAUGCUGAAGAUGAUGUUGACGAUAUCAUCAAGGAAAUUGCCAUCUUGUCCGAGCUCAAGUCGCCCUAUGUCACCAAAUAUCAUGGUUCAUACUUGAAGGGAUCCAACCUGUGGAUCAUCAUGGAGUUCUGCUCUGGCGGUAGCUGCCAUGGCCUGUUGCGACCUGGUGUAAUCCACGAGGAGUACAUCGCUAUCAUUCUCCGGGAGCUUCUGCGUGGUUUGGACUAUCUGCAUACUGAUCAGAAGCUGCAUCGAGACAUCAAAGCUGCAAAUAUCCUUCUCAGCGGCAGUGGCCAAGUAAAGCUUGCAGACUUCGGUGUUUCUGGACAGUUGUCAGCGACAAUGACAAAGAAGAAUACUUUUGUAGGAACUCCAUUCUGGAUGGCACCUGAGGUCAUCAAGCAAUCCGGAUACGAUUACAAGGCCGAUAUUUGGUCUUUGGGCAUCACGGCGAUUGAGUUGGCCUGCGGAGAUCCUCCAUAUGCUGAUAUUCACCCGAUGAAAGUGCUGUUUUUGAUUCCCAAGAACCCACCUCCGACACUGAACGGCAAUUUCACAAAGCCUUUCAAGCAAUUUGUUGAAUUGUGCUUGCGCCGAGACCCUAAGGAACGCCCAUCGGCCAAGGAGCUCCUUGAGCAUCCAUUCGUGAAGCGUGCCAAAAGAACAACUUACUUGACAGAACUCAUCGAACGUGCAGAGCGUUGGCAAAUCACGCACCGUGGCCAGGACGACGACGAGGAUGGAUAUGAUUCGCAUGAUGUGGAGCCUGAUCAAACAUUGCAGGAUCGAACCCAGGAAAAGGAAGAUCUUUGGGACUUUGGUACUGUUCGUCCCGUAGGGAAAGGACCCGCGCCCCCGUUGCGGCCAUUGAAAGACUCCGAGAAGAAUUCACGUAUUAAUGAGACUGAGGAGUGGGAUUUGUGUGAUGAAACACCUGGCAACAAAUCCACAUCCCGGACACAACCACAAGCCCAGACUACCACAGCAAACUCUGCUUUCAACGUGUCUCCCACAAAAACACCUCUUCCUCCAUCUGCCCCUUCUUCACCUCUCAAGCAACGACCAUCUCAAUGUGCACUUCCUCCACGCAAAGUCGUUUCUCCCGUUUCUAGCAGACCUGCAGAAGGUAACUCUCCCACGCGAGGUCUCAACGAACAAUACGCAAAGGCUGCCCUGAACUACGCGGGAAACAUUGAUACGCCUCCUUCAACUAAACCCAUCUCUGCAUCUACUGCUCAGGCCAUCCCAGCGAAGCAAAUCCCAUUCAACCUUCAAGAACAAUACCGCACUCCAUCCGGUCAAGUUGUGCGCAAGCCAGCUCCACUCUCACGUACCAGCGCUGACCCUCUGGGACCCCAACCACAUCCGCAAUCCCCACGGCUCUCCCAAGCAGGUCCCCUCAGACAAACGGAGCCUCUUCAAAACUCCAAGCCAGUCUCCGGUCUAAAAUCAAAACGUGCACCAUCAAACAUGGAAGACCGCAGCUUCGCUCAUCGUUCCACCCCUCCCACCCCAACCAGCGACAAGCACUCUCCGCGCCCUCUUCCCGAAGCCGAGCGCGCAACGGCCUGUGGAUCUGUAAUCCUCCCAGCCCUCCGCGCAGCCAUGGACCGCCGCCGCCACCACCUCGCUCGCCUCGAGCCAGGCCGCAACCCUAACGACCCCCAGGCCACCGCCGAAGAGGAACGGGUCUUCGACCGCAGCGUGCGUAUCCACCGCGGCAUGGAGCAGGUAGCUGAAGAUAUUGCCCGCUCUUUCAACAAUCUCCACCGCUGGGAUAUGGAGGACCCUGUUGACAUGGGUGGUGGUGUUGAUGCUGUUCUCGACGCGUUUCUCGAGGAGAUUCUCGUCCGUCUGCAGCCACACGCGUAG